AUGAUCUUAACUAUAACAAAUAAAAUAAAGGAUUUUUAGUCUCUCUUAAUCAAUGUAAAUGAAAAAGUUAGCAAAUUAGAAAUAAACUUUAAAAAGGCAACUUUUGUUUAAGAAAAUGGAAUUAACUAGUUUAUGUCAAAUUUGUCAAAAUUCGCAGAUUUAAACCAUCUUACUAUAAAUUUAAUCUAAUAAUCUUUAAAUGAAAAUACAAUAUAAUCUCUUUCUCAAGUGAUUUAAAGCUUAAACAAAUUAGAAUCCUUUAGUUUUGAGUCUAGUAAAUAAGAUUUAUCAGCUUUAGAAUUAAAUUAUUUGCUAAGUUCUCUUGGCAAUCACUCUAGAAUUUAAAAUCUUAGCAUUAAAGCAACAUAUUGCAGCAACUAAGAAAGAAGUUUAACUGUAUUUAAACACAUAAAACACUCUAAAUCACUUAAAAAUUUCAAAUUUUCAUUCUAAGAUAAAAGUAAAGUGUAUGAUGGAGUAUUUAAAUACGAAGAAAAUUUGAAAAUUAUGAUCUUAAAUAUUACAAACAUCUUGCUUGAUGAAAGCGAAAUUCAAUCUUUAUCUUUAUUUAUCUAAAAUAAGAAAGAAUUAGAAUCAUUUAAACUCUAUUCUUAUGAUUCGAAUUAGUCUUCUGAACAAAUCAAAUAUUUAUUCAGUGCCUUUGAAGGCUUUUCAAAAAUCUAAGAUUUAGAAUUUGAGAUACCUUAAAAUAAUUCUGUAAUAAAAGAAUCUUUAUCAUUGUUUAAACAUUUAAGUUGCAAUAAUUCAUUGAAAACAAUUAAAUUUAGUUAAGAAGGAAACUCUUUUUAUUAUAUUAAUAAAUUCAAUGAAAUAUAUUUUUGCUUGGAUCGAAUCUCUUUAAAUGAUUUUGAUGCUUCAUCUCUUUCUUUAUUUUUUAAAGGAUAAGAUACAUAAAAAAUUAAAAUAGCUUUAAUUAGCUGCACAAUUUAAGCUAGCCAAUAUAAUAGCUUUUUUAACUUCUUUUAAGAUAAUUAAUAUGUUUAAUAACUAAUUUUGAGUUUUGAUCGUCAAAAAGUAAGCUCUGAAUAGUUUUAUGCUAUUAUUUAAUGUUUGAAAUAAUCAAAAUCACUCAAAUAAUUAAAAAUUGAAAUUAUGGGCUGUAAAUUAGAAAAGUAAGUAAAUGAAGCAUUAUCUUAUUAACUUUCUUAAUUAGAAAAUAUUGUAAGUUUAAAACACCUAAUUUUAUAUGACGAAAUCGACACAUCUUCCUUCAUUGAUUAAAUUAUAAAAAGUAAAUCUUUAUAAGAACUAGAGAUCUAUAUUUCUCAUUUAGAAUAAAAUGGCGAUUACCAUUUAAAAACUUAAAAACUUUUAAGUAUGCCAAACUUGAAAAAACUUAAAUUAAAUUUUAAUCUUGAAAAUAAUAACGGAAAUGAGUAAGAGUUUUUUAAAGAUUUAGAUAUUAUAAAAUAAACUAACUUAUAGCAACUAACAAUACAAUUAUAUUGUGGAAUUUCUAAUGAAAAUGUAAGGGAAUCAUAUGCAAAUAUAGGCAAAUAUCUCAACAAACAAUAAUUAAUUUACUGUCUAAAUAUUUUAGUGAAUGAUAAUUAUGGUUUUGAAUUAAGUGUAAUUCUAAUGAGUUAAUUUAUAAACUCUAAUAUAACUUCAAUCACAUUUAAUUUCACAAACGAGGAUCGAAGAUAUUAUAUUGAAAGCUCACUCUUAAAUAAGCUAUAAUUAUAAACAAUAAGAAAAAUGAAAAAGGUUGUUAGUUUGAAAUUUUCUUGA